AUGUGCUCGCAACGUUCAGAAACCACGACAAGAACUCGGCGGGGGGCUCAUACUUUCUGUCGCAUAACCGCGUCUAUCUCGCACGACAAUGGCAAGACGGAGAUAUUCUUGUCGCACGUAGACGAGAGAACUCCGACAGCAGGGCUUUGGGAACCAUUCAUGAUUCAUCCGCGUUGCAAAGAGUGGCGCUACUACGCUGCCGAAAACAGCGCUUCCGACCAGGAUAUUCUCAUGCGGUCAUCCACAAACAACGGGGCGACCUGGUCUGCUGCGACGACGGUUGCUGGUGGGGGGACUACUGGGUGGGUGGAAUGCCUGGCUGCACGGAUUUCAACACCUCAGGCGGCUCGGCGCGGGUUUUAUUCGUCCUCGACACAACGAAAGGGACAGCACCAUUGUUCCCCGUCAAGUCGGUCGUCAGCAGCAACGAUGUUUCGGGGAGAACACAGGUCUAUGCGACAGCCUGAGUUGGCCAUACCGCUGGCCUGGCGCUCCUCAAAUUGUACCCACGUCUACGGGAAUUCUGGUCGCAUCGUUCAUGACCGACGAGGAGCAUUCGGGGAGGAGCGUUUGGCCGCAAAGGCCUUCGCCUUCGGCUUCCAAGACUUCGUCUUCAUGAAGAUUACCACCGCAUCACGGAUUAUCAGACCCUGA